AUGUCUCUUCCGGACAGGCCAGGGCCCGAGGCCGCGACGAACGCGCUGACGUCUGGUGGGCAUCAUGCAGCAAUGACACUGAGCGGGUACGGGAGCGGCGACGCCGCGUGGACGGGCACGCAGGUCGCCGCCGCGGCUGCGACGGCAUGUCUGCUCGGCGCUGCACUCGGCUACCUCUCCUCGUCACGGCUGGACGCCGCACGCGGCCACACUACGGCGCCCUCUGCAUCUGCGUCCCUCGACGACAGUGCUGGCGCGCGUGCGGGGCGUGAUGUCGUGGACGGGCUCGAAGGCUUGAUAGGGAACACGCCCCUUGUGCGUAUCAGGAGCCUGUCGGAGGAGACGGGGUGCGAGAUUCUGGCCAAAGCGGAAUUUCUGAAUCCUGGGGGCUCCGUAAAAGACAGGGUCGCGCUGAGCGUGCUGCGCGAGGCGAUGGACAGCGGCCGCCUCUCCCCGGGCGGCACGGUCUUCGAGGGCACGGUGGGCUCGACCGGAGUCUCACUGGCAACGCUCGCGCCCGCCCUCGGCGUCCGCGCGCACAUCUGCAUGCCCGACGACGCAGCACUCGAGAAGGUCGCCCUUCUCAACGCCCUCGGCGCCACCGUCGAGCGCCUCCGUCCCGUCAGCAUCAGCCACCCGGACCACUUUGUCAACGUCGCGCGCCGCCGGGCCGCCGACGCCCCCAACCCCCCCGGGGGGGUCUUCGCGGACCAGUUCGAGAACGCAGCGAACCUCGACGCGCACCUCGCGACCGGCGAGGAGAUAUGGCGCCAAACCGGCGGCCGUAUCGACGCCUUCGUCUCCGGCGCAGGCACCGGGGGGACUCUCGCGGGGGUGUCCCGGGCGCUCAAGCAGCGCGACCCCGCCGUGCUCACCGUCCUCAUCGACCCCCCGGGCUCCUCGCUGUACAACCGCGUCGCGCGCGGCGUCGCCUACCACGGCGCGGAGGCCGAGGGUCGCCGCCUGCGGAAUCCCUUCGAUACAAUCGUCGAGGGAAUGGGCCUGAACCGCGUCACCGCGAACUUCGCGGCCGCGCGGAUCGACGCGGCGAUGCAGGCGUCGGACCGCGAGGCCGUUGAGAUGGCGGCGUAUCUGGUACGCAACGACGGGCUGUUUGUGGGGUCGAGUGCGGCGGUGAACUGUGUCGGCGCGGUGAAGGUCGCGCGACGGCUCGGGCCCGGGCACACGGUCGUGACGGUGCUGUGCGACGGCGGGCAGCGGCACCUGUCGCGGUUCCACUCCCCGGCGUAUCUGGCGACGCUGGAUCUGAUGCCGGCGGCGCAGGGGAGGGGGUUGGAGUUCGUCAAGGGCCCGCGGGAGACGAACGCGCGGCCGUACGGGGCUGCGUUCAAGGCGGUCGGCGACGAUAACGCCUCGUAG